CUGACGAAACCGUUUCUUUCGGAACAUUAUAACGACGAACCAUAAACACUUGCUAAUAAGCAGCUCAACCAUUCAUUACCCAAAAUAUUUACAUUUUACUUGUAGAUUACCCAUAUGGUUUUCAACAUGAUUCCUUACACUGUUAACAUUAAACUAGCUGCCCGGACCCUGACCGGAACCCUUAAUUUACAGAACAAGACAGCAGUGGACUGGGGAUGGCAGGGUCUGAUUGCUCAGGGCUGUCACUCCAGUAUCCUCAUCAUCGAUCCAAAGACAUCUCAGACUAUUCAGGUCCUGGAGAGACACAAAGCCAAUGUGGUCAAAGUAAAAUGGUCCAGAGAAAACUACCAUCACAGUCUUGGCUCACCCUACUCUCUGCGUUUGGCGUCUGCAGAUGCUGCAGGAAAGAUCAUAGUCUGGGAUGUGGUGAGCGGUAUGGCACACUGUGAGAUCCAGGAGCAUUCCAAGCCAAUUCAGGAUAUGGACUGGCUGUGGGCUCAGGAUGCAUCACGUGAUCUUUUGCUGGCUGUCCACCCUCCCAACUACAUUGUUUUGUGGAACGGUGAUACUGGCACCAAGCUUUGGAAGAAGAGUUAUGCUGAGAAUAUUCUGUCUUUCUCCUUUGACCCAUUUGACCCUUCUAAUCUGGCAUUGCUGACCAGUGAGGGUAUAGUGUUUAUCACAGAUUUUUCUCACUCAAAACCACCAGGCAGUGGAGGUAAGAAGGUCUACAUUGCCAGCCCUCAUUCAAGCCCUGCCCACAGCAAACCUGCUGCUACUCAACCCACAGGUGCAAAGAAAGCACUCAAUAAGGUCAAAGUGCUAAUCACCAAUGAGAAACCCACGGCUGAAGCUGUAACUUUAAAUGACUGUCUCCAGUUGUCAUAUCUGCCAUCCAAGAGGAACCACAUGUUGCUGCUUUACUCCAGAGAGAUCCUCAUCCUAGACCUGGAGCUCAGCCAGACCGUGGGAGUGGUGGCAAUCGAGCGCUCUGGUGUGCCCUUUAUACAGGUCAUUCCUUGUGCACAGAGAGAUACUUUGUACUGCCUUCAUGAGAACGGGUGUGUCACACUCCGUGUGUGUCGCUCAACAACAUCUUCUCCAGAUGAAACAGUGACGGAUCCAGAGCAGGGUGUACAGGAGUUGGUAUAUGAUCUGCGUGCCCAGUGUGAUGCAAUACGCAUCACUAAGACCGUGCGGCCUUAUAGAGUGGUGAUCUGUCCUGUUAAUGAGAACAGCGCUGCCCUGGUGGUCAGUGAUGGCAGGGUAAUGCUAUGGGAACUCAAAGCCCAUGCCAGUAGAUCUUCAUCCAACCUGAGUUCUGGGUUUCCUCCAUUGUAUUCUUCUGUAAAUUUCUGUGGAGCACCUUUACAUCAAAACCAGAAAUGUAUCCCGGAUCUUUCGCUGAACACAAUGAUUGGUCAUAGUUUGAUUUAUGGGGUGGACCCGCCACGACCAGCAGGUCAGCAAGAAGUACACCUAAAGUUCCUGUUGACAGGGCUACUGUCUGGCCUGCCCUUGCCUCCAUUUUCCCUCCGCAUGUGCCCUCCACUCACUACUAAGAACAUCAACCAUUACCAGCCUUUACUAGCCGUGGGUACAAGCAAUGGGUCUGUGCUGGUGUACAACUUGACCAGUGGUCUACUGCACAAAGAGCUAAGUGUUCAUUCCUGUGAGGUCAGAGGGAUUGAAUGGGUCAGUUUAACUAGUUUUCUGUCUUUCGCCACCUCUGUUCCUAACAACCUUGGACUUGUAAGAAAUGAACUACAGCAUGUAGACCUAUGCACAGGGCGGAGCUUUGCAUUUCGUGGUGAGCGUGGAAAUGAUGAACCAGCCAUUGAAAUGAUUAAAGUAUCACAUCUCAAGCAGUACCUGGUUGUGGUGUUCCAAAACAAACCAUUGGAACUCUGGGACGUCCGCACAGGAACUUUGUUGCGUGAGAUGGCCAAGAACUUCCCUACUGUUACUGCCCUGGAGUGGUCUCCAUCACAUAACCUUAAAAGCCUGAAAAAAAAGCAGCUUGCAGCACGAGAGGCCAUGGCAAGACAGACCACCCUCGCUGAUGCAGAGCAGAGCAGCGUAGAGUCCUCCGUAAUCAGUCUGUUGCAGGAUGCUGAAAGCAAGUCUGAAAUGUGUCAGGGCAUCUCAGCCCGUGAGCACUUUGUGUUUACCGACACGGAUGGCCAGGUAUAUCACAUCACCGUAGAAGGUAACACCGUGAAGGACGGUGCACGUAUCCCACCUGAUGGCAGUAUGGGGAGUAUCGCCUGUAUUGCCUGGAAAGGAGACACUCUAGUCUUGGGAGAUGUAGACGGAAACCUCAAUUUUUGGGACUUAAAAGCUCGCCUUUCAAGGGGUGUACCUACACACCGUGGAUGGGUGAAAAAGAUUCGUUUUGCUCCAGGGAAAGGUAACCAAAAACUCUUGGUCAUGUACACAGAUGGGGCUGAGGUCUGGGAUACCAAAGAGGUGCAGAUGGUAAGCAGCAUCCGAGUAGGCCGGAAUGUAAAUUACAGGAUUCUGGAUAUUGACUGGUGCACAUCAGAUAAAGUGGUGCUGGCAUCAGAUGAUGGCUGUGUCAGAGUGCUAGAGAUGGCCAUGAAGUCUGCCAGUUACAGAAUGGAUGAGCAGGACCUGACAGAUCCGGUGUGGUGUCCGUAUCUUCUUCUACCACGUGCUGCUCUCACGCUUAAGGCUUUUCUGUUGCUUCAACCCUGGUCUGAAACAUUUACCAUGGACAUUUCUCAAAUAAAUUACAUAGAGAAGGACGAAAUCAAGGGACUCAUCCAGGAACAGCUCAACUCUCUUUCAAAUGACAUCAAGACUGUUCUCCAGGAUCCAAAUCUAAAACUGUUGCAGCGCUGCCUCCUUGUGUCACGGCUAUUUGGAGAUGAAUCAGACCUUCAGUUCUGGACAGUAGCAGCCCAUUACAUACAAUUCUUUGCUCAGAUUCGCCAACCCAACGGAUCUACCCCAGAAGACCAAGCACCAGCUGAGGACCCCCAAAGUGCCCCUACCAGCCAUCUGGACAUUUGCCAUGACAUCCUUUGUGAAAGCUCUUUUUUCCAGAGGUUUCAGCUGGAACGUGUUCAUCUACAGGAAGUUAAGAGGUCCAGUUAUGAACACACUAAAAAGUGUGCCGACCAGCUCCUUCUACUGGGUCAGACAGACCGCGCCGUGCAAUUGCUUCUGGAGACAAGUGCCGAUAACCCCAGCUACUACUGUGACUCACUUAAAGCCUGUCUGGUAACCACCAUCACUUCCUCUGGCCCCUCUCAGAGCACCAUUAAACUUGUGGCCACCAACAUGAUUGCCAACGGCAAACUGGCAGAGGGUGUGCAGUUGCUGUGCCUGAUUGACAAAGCUGCAGAUGCUUGUCGUUAUCUGCAGACAUAUGGAGAGUGGAACCGCGCUGCUUGGCUGGCAAAGGUACGUCUGAACCCAGCAGAGAGUUCAGAUGUGCUGAAGCGCUGGGCAGAGCAUCUGUGUUCUCCUCAGGUCAAUCAGAAGUCGAAGGCCAUCCUGGUCCUGUUAUCGCUGGGAUGCUUUUAUAAAGUGGGCGAGAUUCUUCACAGCAUGAGAUAUUUUGACCGUGCUGCACUCUUUAUCGACGCCUGUUUGAAAUACGGAGUGAUGGAGGUCAAUGACGAUGUUAAUAAGCUCAUAGGUGCAGUCUUUGUCAACUAUGCCAAACUGCUUCACUCUAUUGGCCUGAAACAGGGAGCUGUGCUGUGGGCGUCUCAGGCUGGAGAGGCAGGAAAAGAGCUGCUUGAUGAGUUGUCCAAAACAGAAGGUGUGGGGCCAGAGCCCAGUCCCAGUGAAGAAGAGAUAAACGACACUCUUGCAAAUAUAGAUUGAUCUCCCUCCCAGACCAGUGAAGGGAAAGGGGUAUGAAAAAAGGAUAAGAAACAAGAGGUGUUUGAGAUGAUGAGGGUAGCCAAAAUGUAUAAUAUAUUGAUGUCUCAUGCAUGCAUGCAUGCAAACAGACAAACAACACACCUUUCUUAUAGUUUUCGACUUGUUUGUCCAGUCCGAGUUAAGUGUACAUUUUUGCUGGUUGUGAGGUGUUAUUAGGUGUUGUGUUUUUAGUGACAUUCCCCUAACACUUACUACCUACCACACAUUACGUAAUGUUUUAAUGCAUUAAAAACGUAUUUUGCACUUAUUUUAUUUACCCAAAAUGUUUUCUUUGUGAAGUAUAAUAAAACAAUAUUAUAAAAAAAUGAUAUAUACAUCUUAGUAUCUACAUAUAUGACAGAAGAGAAUAUGCAUUCUUUGUUUGAAGUGAUUUUAAACUUUUUAACAUUUAAAACAUUUAAAGGUAAAAGGCAAAAAUGGAACACAUGGGGUUUUUCUAACAUCUUUUAAGUGACAUCGCUUUUUAAAGUGCCCAUCUUAUGACUGCUUUUCUACAAGUUAAAUAGGUGUAUGAGUUCCAUAAAGCAUGUUUUAAAAGUUGUUUGCUCGAAAUAGCUUGUAGGAAAAGAUUGUUACCCAUCUUUAGUAGCCUCUGUUUUAGUGCAUUUUAGAUUGUGCCGUUUUGAGCUAGUCUUACAUAUUUAUGAGCUGCUGCUCCUUUGAUGACGCCCCACUACUAAUGUCAUGUGCGAGCAUGCGCAAUGGUAUCGCGAGCAGUAAAGACUGUAUUAUUAUUUUUAUAUAUUACAAAUUAUUACUAACGGUUUAUGUAUUGCCAACAGACAAAUCAAGCAUAAAAGUAUCACUAAUAAGUACAAUCCAGGAGAAGAAACUCAAGACACAUAAUAAUUCCAGGGUAAAUUGAGAUGUAGCAGUCUCAACAACUCGUUUGCCCUGGACAAUGCUAACAAAUUCCAGUUAUAAAACAUUUUCAAACGAUUAUUUAAGACCCGGCGGGGGAUGUAUACUGCUUGUGGACAGCAUGCUAAUUGCUAGAAGCUAGCGGGAGGUUCGCCGUUGUCAUGAGCAAUUCGGUCCCCCCGAGCAAUUCGGACUCCCCUAGGACCCCGCGAGAUUCCAUUGGCUGGAAAAACUCCUCAUGGGUAGUUUUCUUAGCGCCUUAUUACAAUUCCUACAAAAUCGCGUUAUGAUUUAUGUAGUUUGAACGUUGUUAAAAUUACAAUUGAUGUCUUUUAAAUGAUGUUUCAUAUAGUAGUAUAUAAAUGAGGCUAUAGGUGGGAGAUCUACACAUUGCUUGUGUCAUAUUAUUUAGAUAUUAUAUUCUGUACCAUUUCUACUUUUUACUGUCGACUACUUCUACAAUUACUUACUUAUUAAUUACUUAUACAAAACAUGAUUACUACAUAAUUGAAUCACACAUUUAAAUUAUAAUUUAUAAGCCAUGAUUACUACACUUUUACUAUUGAAAAAAUAUAUUCCGUAAGGUAUGUAAAUUUUUAAUUUGUAAAAAUAAAAGUAUGGUUUUUGUAAAGCAGAUGAUGACACAAAAGUACUGAUGUGUCUGCAACAUGAAUAUUAGUUUAUUAUAUAAUUUUUUGGUUAACUUUUAUCUUAAAAAAAUUUUAUGCUACUAUUUUGUACCACGUAAUUAGCUUGCUAGACCGCUUACGCAGACGAGAUAUCGCAAUCACACAUUUUUGAGCAGGCAUUAGUGCUAGGUACCAAUCGGGGUCCUAGGGGAGUCCGAAUUGCCCGGGGGGACCGAAUUACUCAUGACACCGUAUCUUGGGAAAGUGAUAAGAGACUUGGGGGUACAUUAGGCUGGUUGGAAAAGCCGGGUUGGUAAGGCCUGGUCCUGGUUAGUUUUGCAAAACACUAUUACUUAGUAAGUUCAUGUAGAAUUGUAAAAUAAAGCAGUUAAAUAUAUCUUUUAACUUUCGAAAAGUACGGUAGCUAGUCACUGGCUUUGCAGGAGAAACUACGCUGCUCUAGCAUCAUAAAUGUAGUAUUUUGUGACAGAAGUCCAGAUGACAACACGCAAAAUAUAAACGUGACUUCUUACAUUUUGUAUUGAUAUAACGAUCGCGAAAAAAUUCAAAAGGAAUGUGACGGCAAGGCUAGUUACAUCACAACGGAGCUGAUUUUAAAACCGUGCAAUCUGAGACUCAAGGCAGAGGACAUUCAGAAACCUGUAUCUCACUCAAAACAGAGACACAAAAGAACACCCCAAAACCCAGAAAAAGUGAGUUUUUCAUAAUAUGGGCACUUUAAAAAUUUUAAGCAGGGGUAUUCCUUGACCUGCAGUUGAAAAAUUACCUAAUUUUUUAAUUUUAAAGUUUUAUUAAUAAGCUUAUCCAUCAGUUCGGGUUAAAUAAAGCAUUGGAAAGGCCUUUCCCAUGUUUUCACUCUUAAAUGUAACGGUUUCAUAAAGGAUUCUUUGCAGUGAUGCCAACUAUUUUUGUUAGAUGUGAAUUUGGUAGUUAUUAAUUUGUUCCAUCUUAAGCUCUCCACAGUAAAACACUGAAUAAUGGGAACAAAUUUCACACCAGGCAUCUAAAAAUGUCUUUAAUUAGCCAAUGGAUAGUUAAUUGUUCGAUUUUACUCAUUUGUUAUCAAGGCUGGAUCUGGGGGCUUAGCCCAUCCCCUUCCCUCUAGAUUUUCCUUGUGCACCUCAAAAAAGUCCAGCUGACAAUGAAAAAUAAACUUUUUUUCUUGUAUUAUCUAUUAAACAUGGAUAUGGAGAAUGUAAAAGUUAUGCAUAUAAUAAACUCACAGCCACACAGUUGUCUUUGAAUAUCCUAAAACUGGCAAACCUUGGAAGUAAAACAAAUCUUUAAGCAGAAAAAGAAUAUCAGUACAUUGCAAAACAUUAAGCUUUAAACACCUGUUUGGCAAGGAGGUACAAAUUUGUGAUACAUCCAGUGUUCGAAUUGAAGGGGGUCUGGGGUCCCAGACCUGCUAUAAGCCUCGAGGGACCCCCAUAAAACACAAAAAUAUAUUUUUUUAUUAAAAUUAAAAUACAACAUUAAUUUAAAAUUCUCAUGUUGCCCUGUCACAAAGCAAUAGGCUACUGUCCAUUAUUUGUUCCAAUCUUGCAAUAAACAAAUUCAAAUGAUUUCUGUCUGAAAUAAAUAUAAACUCGCAAGUGCGCCUCCUGCUGUUUUCUGGAGGAAUUGACAGACUCGGCUUCCAACGGGGGGCACGCAAUAGCAACAAUAACUUGGAAAAACAAGACAUUAAAACAACAAAUACAGCAAGCACACAAUCAUACAACUGGUACAGACUGUCAGCUCAUUUCCCGUAUAAAGUGCAAAAGACCACAAAUUAUGAGCAAAACUAUUGAACUUCUACCGCGGCGUGAGCGCAAGUACUCGACGCAACAACAAACCGCCCUCGCGCGGCGCAAGCCAUUGAAAUGAACGGGUUUCAUAGCGCAGCGUACACCGCGUCCUAGCUUUAAAAAAAGCCGCUUUACCAUAAUCACGUCGUAAUGCUGUUAACGGUCUAUAGCCACACUUCACAUUUAAGCUUACGUAAUUUAAAACAACGCUAACUUACCUUUGAAAUAGCUGAAGACGGCGUGUAAGAACAUUAAACUUCCUUAAAACAGUGUCCUGUAGAUUUGUAAAUUCCACCUCAACCUCUAAUCUCUGAGUUUGAGCCAGUCUGUGUUUGCAUGAAGAUGAAGCAGGCGGUGCUGGUUCGUUCUAAAUGUUUUAAUAUCCAUAUUUUACACGAUCCAUAAAAUGCCGCGAAAAUCACGUUGAUAGUAUCAAGUCACAUAUGCUAAAGACGUAAGACGGGUGAGACGUGGCAAUACAUCCAAUCAGUGAAACUGGUCUAUUUUAAUUAAAGAACACAUAUAUCAACUAUAUUUUCCUCAUUUGAUUACAUUAUAAGUCAUGAAACAUACAAUGUUUAAUUUAUUUUAAUUAUUCUUGAUAUAUAUUAAACUAAUAAAAAACUUUGUAGGGGGGGCACAACAACCUGUUCGGGGGGGCACUGCCCGCGAAUGCCCCCCCUUGACGCCGGCCCUGCCCCCCAUAAGCUUUGACAUAAUUCGAACACUGGAUACAUCUGCAUCAGACAAACAUUUUUUGGCAUAAAUAUAACAUUACAUUAUAUUUCAAUGUUUUAACAUCAAUAUAAUAUUACAACUUACAUCUGCAAAGAUGUGAGCAUGUGUGAACUUGUAUAAAGUAACUGUUGGUAAGAAUGCAGCACAUAAUGCAACCAGUCUCUUAAGCACCAAGAAUUUGUACAAUAAAUUUGGAACUGUUAGGUCUAAAUUCACUGUAAACCAAGUACUUUACAAAUUUAGUUCUUUGCUCUGUAAUACACAGAUACAUUAAAAGCAUGUGAAAACAUACAAAUAAGCUAAAAGUACACAUUUAACAUUGCUGCACUCACAUUUAUACAAUCGUACACCUGUUGUACAAUGAUAACAUCAAAGUCCAUUGUGAAAAUAAUUGUUCAUGCAGCUGCGACUGUAAGCUGCUGCGUGAGCAGUCUUACAAAUAUUUGUAAAUAUGGUUGUCAGUCCUUUUUACUGACAGGCUGACUCAUCUAUUUUUUGUGCACUGUGGUUUCGGUUUUAAGUAUGUGUUAAUGUUUGAAUUGAUGAAAUGAUUAAAACUGUUUGUUGAUGCAA